UUCAAUUACUUCCUCUGUUUUCUUAGACAAAGAUGGCGUCAUUUGAUGCGUUCGGAAUGGAAGGUGAAGAGAUUCACACUGCUCCCAAUAACCAUCCUUUUGAAGUCGAUAAGGAGAGCUACUCCGAUUACGGUGCUUACUCCAACUUCACCGGCAACGAUCAGAAUUUUCCUAUGGAUGGUGGCAAUGUGGCGGUAGAUGUCGGUUCCUCUGCUGACAUUUUCGGUUUCGGAUCGUCCGAUCCCACGCCUGCAUACUCGCAAUCUCCUUUCGGUACUGCGAUUCCUGUUGAGAACGGAAAUGGAACCAAUGGAUUUGGCGUCGGAAACGGUGAUGUUUUCACUUCUGAUGGACCGGUGCUCCCUCCUCCUACUGAGAUGGAGCCUGAGGAAGGCUUCGUUCUUCGCGAGUGGCGGUGUCAAAACGCAAUCGUGCUCGAGGAAAAGGAGAAGAAGGAGAAAGAGUUGAGAAGCCAGAUUAUUGAAGAAGCCGAGGAGUAUAAGCAAGCAUUCUAUGAGAAAAGGGGAAAGACAAUCGAGACCAACAAAACUGAUAACAGAGAAAGAGAAAAGGUGUACUUGGCUAACCAAGAAAAGUUCCAUAAGAACGCGGACAAACAGUACUGGACAGCUAUUGCAGAACUCAUUCCUCGUGAGGUCCCUAAUAUCGAGAAGAAAAGAGGGAAGAAAGACAAAGAGAAUAGGCCCUCAAUAACUGUCGUCCAGGGACCGAAGCCUGGAAAACCAACUGAUCUUUCAAGAAUGCGGCACGUUCUUGUGAAGCUUAAGCAUGCUCCCCCUCCUCACAUGCUUCCGCCGCCUCCGACGAAGGACAGUGAGGAUGGAAAAGAUGCUGUUCCAACUUGAUCGGUAUCCACAGAGCAAGUGGCACCAGCAGAGAAUGGUUGUGCCUCUGAACACGAUGCUACGGCUACUAAGGACGAAUCCGCCACAGAACCAGAAGCAACAUCAACAGCCUGAUUGUUUGCAAUACAUUUACCAAGGUUCAUUCUUCCCCCAAUUUUUUUUCUAUUUUCC